AUGUACGGUAGCCAUGCAGGUCGUGGCAUAUGGGACAUCAACAGAUGCGAUGAAUAUAUGAGAAUGAGUGAAACUGUAACAAGGGAUGCUGUAAUAAAGUUCGUAGAAGGUGUCAUUGCAUGUUUCGGUGAAAAGUAUCUUAGAAGACCAAAUGAAGUUGAUUUGGCAAGACUACUUCAUGUGUGGGAGGAACGUGGGUUUCCAGGUAUGAUAGGCAUCAUUGAUUGUAUGCACUGGACAUGGAAAAAUUGUCCUACUGCUUGGGCUGGACAAUAUGCAGGUACGUGCAAUGACAUUAACGUUCUCCAUCGGUAUCCUAUUUUUAAUGAUGUCUUAGCAGGCCGGGCACCAAAUGUGAGUUAUGUCGUGAAUGAUUGGGAAAAUAAUAUGGCAUAUUAUAUCACUGAUGGAAUAUAUCCCUCAUGGGCUGCUUUUGUCAAGUCAAUAACUUCCCCUCAACUUCGAAAACACAAGUUGUUUGCUGAACAUCAAGUGGCCGCUAGAAAAGAUGUUAAACGAGCAUUUGGAGUUCUACAAGCUCGUUUUGCAUUUCUUCGACACCCAUGUCUUUUGUGGGACAAGGAUAUGAUGAGGAAAAUUAUGAUUGCAUGUAUUAUCAUUCAUAAUAUGAUUGUAGAGGAUGAACGUUGCAUAUACCUUCACUAUUAUGAUCCAUCCGAAUUUCUAAAUGACAGGCCUACAAACCAUAAACGAAGAACCUAUAUUGAAGACGAUGAUCAAAAUUUAGAAUAUUCCACUCAACGAAUUGCAGACCUAUCCAGUUAUAUGACCAAUAGGGCACAACUUCGCAAUAGAGAAGCUCAUAACAUUCUGAAAAACAAUUUGAUUGAGCAUAUAUGA